AUGGCCUUUGCGAACCAUAAAGACAAGGAGGCGAUCACCGGGGUUUUAGACACCCUUGGCCUGAAGACUGAGGGUCCUCAUGACGUCCAGGAGGGUGUAAUGGCUGACAAUGCCGACAACCUCCAGCGCCACCUUGGGAAUCGUCAGAUCCAAUUGAUUGCCAUUGGUGGAUCGAUUGGAACGGCUCUGUUCGUCAGUAUUGGCACAGGCCUAUACCACGGCGGCCCUGGCAGCUUGUUCCUGGCUUACAGCAUCCAAAGCAUCUUCCUGGCCAUGAUCAAUAACUGUCUCGCUGAGAUGAGCACCGCUUUCCCCGUUAGCGGAGGUUUUAUCCGCUUAGCUGGCAAAUGGGUUGAUGAUGCGCUCGGCUUCAUGGUCGGCUGGAACUUCUUCUUCUAUGAGGCGCUCCUGAUUCCAUUCGAGAUCUCAGCCUUUACACUGGUUCUUUCCUUCUGGAGUGAGAAGAUCACCGAGCCUGGUCCCGUUGCGGGUAUCUGCGCAGGUAUUAUUUUGUGUUAUGGGUUCCUGAAUGUUAUGGCAGUCCGAGCCUAUGGUGAAGCUGAAUUUUGGCUCUCUGGUGGCAAGGUCAUCCUGAUCUUCUCACUGUUCUUUUUUACAUUCAUCACGAUGGUCGGUGGAAACCCGCAGCAUGAUGCUUACGGGUUUAGGUACUGGAACAAUCCUGGCGCCUUCAUGGAAUAUCUCGACACCGGAGCUCUUGGCCGUUUUGAAGGUUUCUUGGGAGCUUUGUGGUCUGCUUGCUUUACCGUGGUCGGACCUGAGUAUAUCUCCAUGGUCGCUGCGGAAGCCAGACGCCCUCGUAUUUACAUCAAAAACGCGUUCAAGACGGUCUAUGCCCGGUUUGGAAUCUUCUUCGUUGGUGGCGCUCUGGCUGUGGGCAUUGUUUGCUCUGCCAGAGAUCCCGCAUUGGUCAAAGUAGUCAUGGGAGAGACCAGUGGCUCUUCUGCAGCCGCCUCGCCAUAUGUCAUUGGCAUGCAAAAUAUGGGAAUUGCAGUCUUCCCUUCUAUUGUCAAUGCCCUCCUGCUGACUUCAAUCUUCUCGGCUGGUAACACGUAUACCUACUGUGCUAUUCGUACCUUGUAUGGCCUUGCACUUGAAGGGAGAGCCCCGCGCAUUCUCACAUAUACCACGCGCAAGGGUGUGCCUAUCUAUUGUUUUGGGAUCGUGAUGGUUUUCCCGAUUCUGUCAUUUUUGCAAGUCUCCAACAGUUCUUCCAUCGUCAUUACUUGGUUUGCCAAUCUGGUCACGGCUGGAGGCUUGAUCAACUAUAUCGUGAUCUCGCUGACCUACAUCUUCUUCCAUCGCGCAUGCAAGGCACAGGGCAUUGACCGGAGAUCUUUCUCCUACUUUGGCCGUCUGCAACCAUUCUGUGGGUAUGCCGCAUUCAUCUGGAUGAUUCUGGUCACCAUCCUAUAUGGAUAUCCCGCGUACAAGCCAUGGAACGUGUCGACUUUCUGGUCCGACUACACGAUGCAAAUCGUGAUCCCUCCCCUUUUCCUUAUUUGGAAAAUCAUCAAGCGGACCAAGUUUGUGAAACCCCAUGAGGCUGACCUAGUUUGGGAGCGGCCCCUUAUCGAUGCAUACGAAGCCAGCUUCAUGGAUCCCCCAGUCGGCUUCUGGAGGGAAGUUGGCCAAAUGUUUGGCUUCCGCCGGAUCAAAGGUGGCAAUGACAAGCGUCGUGCUUCAGUUGUCCAACCCUCGUCUAACGGUGUCAAGGAAGGCGUCCUUUCGUAA